AAAGUGAGCAGAGCGCAAGGAAGCAGCAAGGAGAAGAACCUGCUAGCAAAGGCUGUCGCAGAAGAAGUCAGUCGGUUUGAGCUGUGUUGAAGAGAAGAUUCCUGUGAAGCAGAAAUGGACCAGGCAAGGUCAACGAUAUCCAAAAUUGCUUUAUAAUGAACCACCAGGUCUGCAGCAUUCCUUCACUACAAAAAACCAUCAAGCACAACUAAGUGUUAACGUUGUGUCCACAAGCAUUCUUUUCUGUGGGGGCUUCCAGAAGUUCUGAGGCUUUUUUUCCAGAUGUUUAACGGGGAGCCGCACUCCUACACACGUUUCAACUUGACCCAGAACAUGGAAGGCGAUAACAGCCAAGUGGAGAUGAAGCUGUCGUCCGACAUGGAUGAGGAGGCUGUGGGAAAUGGCGUGGGAGACCACCGCAAUCACAACUCCAACGGCAAACCCUACAUGGCUCAAAAGCUUGGACGCACCCCCAAGAACCUCUGCUUCAUGGCAGUCACCACCCUCCUCAUCUUUAUCAUCGGGUACUUGAUUGGCUACUUGGUUCAUCGGAAGAAGGACUUGGCUCCCAUCUGUGCAGCCUCCGUGCUCCCUUUUAAAGACGCUGAAGUCCAUGAGACGGGUGCUGCCCCCCUCAUGAACUGGGACGAUGUCAAAAAGCUCCUCGCCCAAAAACUCACUGCAGCCAAAUUUGAACCUGUUUUCAGUGAGUUUUCCAGUGACAGCCACCAGGCUGGUUCUCCAGGUGAUGAGGCUCUGGGGAACAAGGUGCUCAAGAAGUUUAAAGAGUAUGGCAUGACCAGCUGGACCGAUGAGCACUUUGUUAAGGUUCAGGACCCCCCAGCUUCUGGCUCCAACAGAUUGGUUUUCAACGGGAAGGAGGAGCGUCCAACCGGAUUCCUGUCCUACAGUGCCACUGGAAAAGUACAGGGUUCCAUCUUGUAUGCGUUUUACGGGCAGGAAAAUGAUUUCAUGUUGCUGCGGGACAAGAACAUCAACCUGAGUGGCAAGGUCAUCCUGGUCAGAGCUGGUAAAAUCAGCUUUGCUGAGAAGGUAGCCAAUGCUGCCAAAAUGAAUGCCUCUGCUGUGUUGAUCUACCCAGACCCCGCCGAUUACUCUAUUGGAGACACCACUCAGCUCUUUGGUCAUGUCCACAUGGGUUCAGGGGAUCCCUACACCCCAGGCUUCCCCUCCUUCAACCACACCCAGUUUCCACCUGUCCAGUCUUCAGGUCUGCCAAAAAUCUUGGCUCAGACCAUCACGACAGGCAUGGCCAAAAACAUUUUGAAGCAACUGGGGGGUCAGAAUAUGCCGCAAGGGUGGGGAAGCUACUUCAAACUUGGAAAUGAGAGCAAUAUUAUUACCGUGGAGGUCAACAACGUUCCCACUGAGAAGAAGAUAAACAAUGUCUUCGGAGUCAUCAAAGGCUUUGUGGAUGCAGAUCGAUAUGUGGUUAUCGGUGCCCAGAGGGACGCUUGGGGUCCAGGUUUUGCUACGUCGACAGUCGGUACCAGCGUCCUUGUUGAGCUGGCACGUUCCAUCUCAGAUAUGGUGAAGAAUGACGGAUUCAAGCCAAGGAGAAGCAUUGUGUUUGCUAGCUGGAGUGCUGGAGAAUAUGGGAGCGUUGGCGCCACCGAGUGGUUGGAGGGUUAUGUAUCUUCUCUGAGCAUGAAAGCCUUCUCCUACAUCAACCUGGAUGGCGUUGUAACAGGUUGGAGUGGAUUUAAAGUAGCAGCCAGUCCCUUGAUGCACAGCCUGAUCGAGAGCUCUCUGAAAGAGGUGAACUCCCUAAACAAGCCUGCGACUCUCUUUUCACAAUUUGGAAAGGGCGACUGGGAAUCAAAUGUGUUGGAGCCUCUGAAGUUGGAUAAUGCUGCGUAUCCUUUCCUUGCCUUUUCUGGCAUUCCCUCAGUCUCAUUUAGAUUCACCCCUGCUAAUUCAGACUACCAGUACUUUGGCACAAUGCUGGACACCCGGGAGAAACUGAACGCGGCCACGGCCAGCCAGGUUCCUCAGCUGGCUGAAACAGUGACCCGGUUCGCAGGUCACAUAGCGCUGAGGCUGGUCCAUGAUCAUCUGCUGCGGAUGGACCUGAUGAAGUACGACCGCAUUAUACGUACUCAAGUGGCUCAGAUCAACGGGAAAGUCAAGGCUGUUCAGAGGAUGACGCCCCAGCUGUUGCCCAAGGCCCUGACAGUGCGGUGGUUGAUCUCGGCCUCUGGAUCGUACAGCCGCGCCUCUCGCAGCCUGGCAGCAGACAUCGAGAACAGCAACCUGGAGGACAUCGAGAUGUGCCGCAUCAUUAAUGACCGCAUCAUGGCGGUGGAAAGGAACUUCCUGUCCCCCUAUGUGUCUCCCAGAGAGAGUCCUUUCCGCCACAUCCUGCUGGGCUCUGGCCCUCACACUCUCAAGGCUCUGAUCAACCACCUCGAAGCCUUCAGGGCUGACGACCCCAAGGCAGACGCCGACCUGUUCCGCAACCAGUUUGCCCUGGCGACCUGGACCAUUCAGGGCUGUGCCAACUCACUAGCAGGGGACAUCUGGUCUUUGGAUAAUGAAAUCUAAAUAGUAAUCUUCCCCCUCCUCCCUUGUUCAUGAUUUGGCCCUCCUUAUCACAACUGGCAGCGUGAAAACCAGUAGGCUGUGAUCAUUAACAAUCAGUUGGAAAGAAAAAAAAAUCUUUAGAAUUUUAACAUGUGGUAUGUGAAGGUCCAGUGUGUAACAUUUAGGAGGAGCUAUUGGCAGAAAUGGAAUAUAAUAUUUCUAAGUAUGUUUUCAUUAGUGUAUAACCACCUGAAAAUAUAAAUCUUUCAUUUUUUUUUUUAUUACCUUUUUUAGAAUAAGCCCUUUAUAUCUACAUAAUGAGCGGGUCCCCUUCCACAGUGGUCGCCAUGUUGCACCGCCAUGUUUCUACAGUAGCCCAGAACAGACAAACCAAACACUGGCUGUAGAUAGGGCCGUUGACGAGUUUCAUGGCCACCAUAGUUUCUCCUACACGAUUGGAACGGGAGGGUGAUGCGAGCAGUAUUUAAAUGUUUGCAAACUGCAAUUUCACCACUAGAUGCCACUAAAUCCUACACACUGGACCUUUUUUUAAAUACCAUAAUUUGAAUACCUUGGUGCUAGUAACGACUACCUUCAAAUGGCCAUGUUAUGUGGCAGUACUACCUUAAAUUUGUUACCCUAUGAAUGAGUUGAAUGUAGUGAAAGUGACGCUUUAUCAGCACAGUAUCAGGUCAUAAUCACAGGAAAGGCUGUAUUUGCCAGCUCAGAGAUUAAUAAAACACACAAGGGCAGUAUAAGCUAAUGACUUUCCAUUUUGUUUACCAUAAUUAUUACAGAAUUAAAACUGCUGUUAUUUCCUCUGCUGCUGUAGCCUCAUGUUCAAACCUGAGCUGGUUUAUGUUGGUAGCUAUAGUUUCAUACUGUGCUGAAAUCUGCUACUCAACUCAUUGUCAGAGAUUCAGAAGUUGCUGAAAAGGACUGAAGAUGAAUCUUACAAUAACACAGCCGUUGUGUUGCACAGAACACACCUAGAAGUAGAUUUGACAAUCAGCUGUCGUUACUUGGCACCGUUUAACACUCGUGCUGUGUUAAUCGUUAAGUCCGAAUUACCCGCAACAAUUAAAAAAAAAAAAGAAAAAAAAAAGAAAUUUAUUUGAAUUUAUUAAUUAUCUGACUCAUUCACCUCCUGACAUGAGAGCACAUCUCUGUAGGCAUUUCAAAAAUCAAGGGAGAAUGUCUCCAACCAUGUGGCACUGAAACAGAAACCGUACGUCUAUUUAUUGUGUUAUUUAUUUAUCAGUGGCAGGGUUCACUAUAAAUAGUUUUUUUAAAUCACCUUUUAUAAAAAAAAAACAGUAAUUAUCGGGAGCAGUGCCUUCCAUAAUUAUGACAGUUAUACUGUCGAAAUGACAAAAGCAGCAUCUGCUAAAAGAAGUGUACAUGUUGACCGACGGCCAGUACUGAGCACACAACAAUCAGGCACCUCUCAGCAAACAGCACAACUCUGAGGUCAUGUUUUUUUCCUACUUAACUGACACUGAAUUUGGUCUUUUGGGCAAGGCCAGCUCACAUAUCACAUCAUGGAAAAUAUUUACUGAACACCUGUGGCUGUGUCAGUACGGAUCCCUUGGUACAUGUACGCUUCUCAUCCUGACAACAUUAUCGGGAGCAGUGUCUUCCAUAAUGUGAAAAAAGAAGGUAGUUUUUGCCUACCAGUGUGUAUCCGUAUCGGAGGCAGUGCCCUCCAUAUUUCACUGUAGGGGUGGAUGUUUUUUUUAUCGGGGACAGUGUUUCCCAUAAUGUGUAUAUAUACAGUACAUUGCUACACAAUGCACGUUGUCCACAUCUUUAGAACGCUUCUGUUUGCAUGCUAAUCUACCCUUUUGUAGUUUCCUCUAAGGCGUGCAGCUUCUGUCCACAGAUCUGAAAGAUAGUGACGAGUUUGUCAUUAAUAAGGUAAAGAAGCUGCAUUUCUUUAAAUUGUUCUGGGUUUCUUUAGUGAGUUGUCUCAUUUUAAUCAAACGCUGAUAAUGUGUUGUCUUUUCUAUGAGCUUCCUAUGGAACUGAUAUGGAAGGCCUUUUGCUUCAAAGAAUAAAUGUUAGACAUGUUUGGGACCGCUGGUUACAGCAGUGUGGUCCAGGAUUUCCAGAAAAGAUCACCGCUCUGGAAAAUGGGUUUUGUUUAAUGAUUCAGUCAGUGUGAAAUUAGUUCUAUUUUGAUGUGUCCGUUCAUUCUUGUUUAGAUUUUGUUGUGCCUUUUUGUUUCAUGACUGCAUUAGAGCUGAGUUUCUACAUACAGCACAGUAUGUAAAGAGGUUUUGGAGGAUGUAUUUGGCUUGUUUUGAUAUUUCUACAUUUCUUUUUUUCCUGUUGUCUGCUAGAAUCAAGUUACUGGCUUAAAUGCCUCUUACGCUACAACACCUAUUUAGGGAAAGUUACCAAAAGAAUUAAAUUGUAAAAAAUGAAAGGACAAUCAAUGUAAAAUGGGAUUUAAAAAAUUACAGUGACUGUUACAGUAAUCUGGUCACUGUUUUUCAAUUUGUUACGGGGGAAAAAACUACCUGCUGUUAUGCCUCAGUAGAAAAACCAUGAAUUGUUUUAGAUUAGUAGCCAUUUUAUGAUCCAUUAAUUCAUAGUUGGAGUGAUUUAAACUGAUCUGCUGGGCUACAGUGAGGAAGAUGCUGGAAAUUGCCUUUCUAACAUUGGUUAUCUUGCUGAGAAAUCACACAAAAAUCAGCUGUGUUUAGUAUGAGGACAUAGGAAUUUGUCUGCAAAGUACAUCUUUUCAAAAUUCUAGCCAUGUGGAUAAAAAUGUCUAGAAACCUAAAAUAAUGCAUAUGUCAAAACUACACGUUUGCUUUACGUUUAUGCGUUCCUGCAAUAAACAAUCGCAUCACAA